AUGGAAAAGAAAGUCGCAAACAGGCCCAAGGGAGGUGUCAUUGCUGGAACCAAUCAGCGGACAAUCGACUCAAUGAUGACAUUUACAGCUCCCUUGAACCCUGCUCAGAAAAGGCGACGCACUCUUCGAUCUGAAGUUGAUCGCUGCAGGUCGCGAUUGGACAGUGCCAUCGCCAAAGCUGACGGUGACGUGGAUUUCGUCGAGCUUUUGAAGAGGAAGUCAAAUCGGAAUAACAAUCUUGGCGAGAUAUUCAAAGGCAUUGGAAAAAAGAAGAUUCUAGACAUGAUGGGAGCUGGUGUUUUCUCUGCUAGACAAAUGCUAGCAUUUAAUGAUUUUGAUUCAUUUCCAGAGGUAAAGCCACAGUGGAAGACGACGAUUGAAGAACACUACCACGGACUGCGAGAAGAAGUGGAAGUCGCCUCAGCACGACUUCAGAAUGCUCGUCACGUGUUGGACGAUCAUGACCUCAGCAUUGCACUUUUGGAGACCCCGGUUGAUAUCGACGACACUAGUGACAUCAACAUUGGUAAUGUGGUUCCCCAGGAUGAACCGGAAGAAAAGCUUCCAGCGUUCUCAGACAUCAUGGAUCCAAACGGCUGGAACGUCCAUUGUCCCUCCAAGUCCACCAUCGAUCGAGUCACAGCCACGUAUUUUGCCAGUCGGAAAGAGGUACAGGUGGCAAAGAUGCAAAGCCAUGGUGCAGAGGUGGUUAAAAUCGAUUGGACCUACAAGAUUGCUCCAAAGAUAAAGGUUUACACGGGACGUGGAGAAUGCUAUGCUCCCCACAAGACGUGCAUGACUGUAUUCAAUGAAAACGGCAUCUGCAUCUUUUUCAAGUUUUAUCCUGGCAGCGAGAUUGACCGUGCAAUCAAGAAACUACAGAAAAAGUACGGCGUUGGUGAUCGUCCGCCAAUGAAGGAGAUCAUGAAGGAAGCCAAGGCUAUCAUUCCUCCCAAAGCAGAAUUGCAGAAGCGCGUCCAAGCUGUUUUGAGUUACAUGCUCCACCAUGAUUGGUCACUUGACGCAGAAGCAGCCGAACUGAAUCUGUCUGAAGAAGGCAACAAUGACGGGGCUGCUCCAAUGGCAGUUGAAGAUACUGCCAAACGUCACCGUUUCUUUAUCCGAAACUCGGCUUUGGUUUCCACUACUAUCAAGAAUCAGAUGAGCCACGUGAAGCUUGGUUGUCUGUCGGAUCCACCAAAAGAAAUCCUCAACAUCCAUUUGGUCAAUCCCUACAGCAAUAAGGCCUUCACUGUCCGUUCUACAGGAAUUAACGAGGUGGACAAUCGUGCCUUGAAUCGCCUGUUCGACAUUCCCUCUGUUGGCAUUGCACGAGCUGACCGGAUGUUCUGGGAGCAUUAUGAGCGUGUUGGAUUCCUUGAAAAUGAUAUCCCUUCUGAGUUGGAGGGAGGUACAGAAAAUGGUACAGAGGCCCAAGAUGUGGCACAGAAUGAUGCAGCUGUCGAGGAAAUCUUGGCUGACCCAGAAAUGGAUCUUACGCCGCUUGCUUUGGAUGUGGAGGGUGUUGCUCGAGAGGUCAGGAUGCAUCUUCCUUCCAUUAACUUGAAUGAAACAACCAUGCAGACCUUCACGAGACUCACUGAAAAAGCUCCCUGGGUUCCAUUUUCCAACCCAACAGAUCGAACAUCAACUGCUGUUGAUGUUGCUGAGUUCGCGUUGUUUGAGGAGCUUCGAAGUAAGUUUGAUCGCCACGGUGGGCUGUACGGAGCCCGUGGAUAUCAUUCCUUUGCAAGACGCUGGGAUAUGGAGGUCGCCAAAGUGUUUAAUGCAAGGAUUGAAGCAAUUGGGAAUGGAUUAACGCCCCCUCCUCUCAUUUGCCGAAAGACUUAUCAGCACCUUCAGGAGCACUACGACCGCUGCAACAACGCUGUGGGAAUAGCCUUAUUAGCAAAUCCAAAUGAUCCCAACAGAGAGGAGAUGGAGAGAGCGCUGGCACAAACUCGCAGGACCCUGCCACCACAUCAAGAGGCUCGAAUGGCAACUGCACCUGGCUUUCGCAAUCAUGGAAUUGCAGAUGCCCCCUUUGGAAAUCCCACGGUCAUGAACACAACAAUUGCCGCUGGCGGUAUGAUGUACACGGAGACAACCAAUCCAGCUGCUCCCUACGUUGUUCGUCCUUCAGCACCCAUUAUGCCUCCUCUGUUGAACCCUCGCGGUUUCAACUUCAAGGAUCGACAGUUCUGUGUUAAGUGUGGUUUUUCGAAGAGCGAACACCUUGUUUUGAACACGGUUUUCGGCAACAGCUGCAGCAACAACUGUCUUCGAGAAGAAUGCUCGAAGUGUCUUCAGCGUCUGGAGUUUCACAGCAUUGGCGAGGUUGGCCCGUACUGUUCCAAAACAGCUUCGCCAAGCGGCAAGUUCAAGAGCUGGUGGAAGGAAGAUCCCAUUGCCGACAAAGAAAACGGAUCUAAUAUUAUUUAA